UCCUCUUCUUCUCUCUUUCCCACCCUUCAGAAAAUAUGGCCGUCGAUUUCUUGGGCUAUAGAAACUUCUCCUCCGCAAAGCUCGAAGAAAACGCCGUCGUCCAGGAAGCCGCCUCCGGCCUCGAGAGUGUCGAGAAGCUCAUCAGGCUGCUCUCGUCAUCAUCCUCCCAGCAGAAGCAGGAGAAUAAAUACAUGGACUGCACUGCCGUCGCCGACGCCGCCGUGUCCAAGUUCAAGAAAGUUAUCUCCCUCCUUGGCCGGACCCGCACAGGCCACGCCCGCUUCCGGCGAGCCCCUCUGGUCCCCACUCCUACCUAUUCCCACGACUCCGUCAGCCCAAUAGAAUCUUCCUCCACUCGGGUCUACCAUGCCACGCCGAUCCAGCAGAUCCCUCCUCCGCCGGUGAUGCAUAACAUGGAGGGGACUAGAGACUCGUCGACUAAUAUUAACUUCUCCUCGUACUCCUCCGCUGCGACGGCAUCGUUUAUGUCGUCGUUGACGGGGGACUCAGACAGCAAGCCGCCCAUGUCGUCUUCCGCUUUCCAAAUUACGAAUAUGUCCCAGGUCUCUUCCGCCGGAAAGCCGCCGCUUUCUUCGGCUUCCAUGAAACGCAAGUGCAGCUCCGACACCUUGGGCUCCGGUAAAUGCAGCGCCAGCUCCUCCGGUCGCUGCCAUUGCUCCAAGAAAAGAAAGCUGAGACUGAAAAGGGUCGUGAGAGUUCCGGCAAUAAGCUUAAAGAUGGCUGAUAUUCCACCGGAUGAUUACUCUUGGAGAAAGUACGGACAGAAACCGAUCAAGGGUUCACCGCAUCCAAGGGGCUACUACAAGUGUAGCAGUGUGAGAGGGUGCCCGGCUCGUAAACAUGUAGAGAGAGCUUUGGAUGAUCCAUCAAUGCUAGUAGUGACAUACGAAGCAGAGCACAAUCACACUCUCAACAUAGCAGAAGCUUCAAAUCUCAUCCUAGAAUCGAGCUAGAUCAACUAAAGCCUUCGUCUUUGAGCUUCUUCUUAAGAGGGAAAUCAAUGGUAGAUGUAGUAGUAGUAGUAGGUAGUAGUGGUGGUGGUGUGGUUUUUACAGGAGCUGGGGAUCGGACUGGCGAUGGAUGAGUUUGGUUAAUCAAUUAGUUUCAUGAAUCGAAAUCAUUAUCCUGUAAAAUAUGGGAUCCUCUUCUUUCAUCUCUGAUCCUCUUCAAACAAUGUGAAUUAUUUAGUUCUUAAUUUAAACAAAAAGAAAUGACAAAUGGUGGUGGAUUUGGUGAUCUAGUCUGAAAAAGAGAAAGUGGGUGUUUUUAGGUUCUGACUGAUAUUUUUAGCUUUCUAUUUUAUCGUUGCUUUUGCUUUGGUUCUUCUUCCUUGGAUGCCUAGUCUACUAUGCUUUUCUCCUCCAUUACCCUAACCAGAAAGCUUUCGUCAAAUCAAAAGAAACAGUGAGUGAAAUGGACUAGGUCAAAGAAAUGAUAUAGAAGUGGACCAAUAUGUCGUAUUAGUUACGGUUGACCAAAGCAAUUUGUGGGGUUGGAGAGUUGCCGGAUCCAAACGGCUGAUUUCUUGCCACAAUUAUUAGCAAGAGUUUAGACUUCUGCAAAUUCUCCCAAACCGCGUGUAACAUACUUCAGGUACUUUCCGAUAUCUUCUCACUCACCGUUUUGGGAGCUAGUUUACAAUUGGUGUAUUGGUAGUUUGGUACGUUAAGUUUUGUCUGUAGAUGAUAUCAGAUUAGGAGAAGGUGGGAAAUGGGUUGAGAGAGGGAAAGAGAGGCUUUUAUAAAUGCAAAACUGUUGGUCGGUGUUUGGUUUAUGGGAAAAGGUUGGGAUGAAAUGGGAGGGAAAUUGGAGGAAAAUGGUUGUGGCCUACAAAAGGGAUUCAAAGCCCUCCAGACAAAGGUGUUGGACCUAGUAGCAGAAUUAAUGUUUUCAAGUCAAACAUUGUGGCUGCUUCAAUUAUUUUCAUUUUCUUGUUUGUAUAUGCCUUGGUGUGGAAGCCAGAUCUGUAAGUGGGGAGAAAGAUUGACGCCCAAGUCAAAUUUUGUGGGUGUGAACAUGAUUAUUUGGAGCAAUUUCUGGGGACCCUUUGUUGUAAUGUUCACAAAUUUGUUCUUGUUAGGUUAUACUGUUAUAGUCUCCAAAAAUUGCCUUGAUACGAAAGCAUGGUCCUCCAAGGGUACUCCAUCGUUAUUGACUCAUCAUUCACAUGUGGUUUGCCUCGCACACAGUAAUGAGUCAUCCAUCUGUGCACCGCAAAGUUUACAUGAGGAUGGACACUGAU